AUGAGUAGCUACGAGCAUUCAGACCCCUUUGACCAGGGCAUGCUCACCGUCAGCUCUAUCCAUCGGCUUCACUAUGAGCAGUACGGAAAGCCCGAUGGAAAGCCAAUCGUGUAUCUACACGGUGGUCCGGGAGGACACACCCAGAAAAGCAAUACUUCCUACUUCAACCCGGCCAUCUACCGCGUAGUCCUCCUAGACCAACGUGGUACAGGAAAGUCCCAACCCGCCCCGGAAAUUCGGGAGAAUACCACUCCCAAUCUAGUGUCCGAUAUCGAGGUGCUACGAGUCCACUUGAACAUCCCCAAGUGGCACCUAGUCUUCGGCGGUUCCUGGGGAUCCACCCUAGCACUGCUGUACGCACAAGCCUAUCCGGACGUCGUAGGCUCCCUCCUCAUGUGUGGAAUAUUCACGACUCGCAAAUCGGAACUAGACUGGUUCAGAGGACCUACUGGAGCCACGAGUGUCUUCCCAGAGGCAUUUGAAGCCUUUGUCAACUACCUCCCGCCCGAGGAGCGUGACGAUCUCACGGGAAACUAUUACAAGAGGUUAACCUCAGACGACCACGCGACUCGCGUUGCAGCAGCGAGAGAGUGGAAUCGGUGGGAUUUGAGCAUUGGUUCACUCAAGACCGAUGAGUCGAAUUUCAAACAGUUGGAUGAUGAGGGGUGGUCGGUGCCUCAUGCGGUUUUGGAAGCGCAUUACGGGAUGAAUAAUUUCUUCUUGGAGGAUGGCCAGAUUCUCAAGGAGGAGAAUUUAGCGAAGAUUAGACAUAUUCCGGCUACUAUUAUCCAGGGACGGUACGAUAUGGUCUGUCCCCCGCAGACGGCGUGGGAAUUGCACAAAGCCCUGCCCAAGUCGAAAAUGAUCUGGAUUCCGGAUGCAGGUCAUACGCCCAAGGAGCCCGGUACCCAAAUCAAGCUGCUUGAGGCGUGCGACGCACAUGCAAGCUUAGACAUUGAAGCGUAA